GACUUUUUUUUUAAAUGUUUGGGAUCCAGGAUACUUUAGGAAGAGGGCCAGCUCUGAAAGAGAAAUCGCUGGGCGCCGAGAUGGAUUCGGUCAGGUCCUGGGUCCGGAACGUCGGCGUGGUGGAUGCCAACGUCGCGGCGCAGAGCGGGGUCGCCCUGUCCCGUGCCCACUUUGAGAAGCAGCCUCCCUCUAACUUGAGGAAAUCCAACUUCUUUCAUUUUGUCCUGGCGCUCUACGACAGGCAGGGGCAGCCGGUAGAAAUAGAGCGCACAGCCUUCGUGGACUUUGUGGAGAACGACAAAGAGCAAGGCAACGAGAAGACCAACAAUGGCACUCACUACAAGUUGCAGCUACUUUACAGCAACGGUGUCCGCACGGAGCAGGACCUCUAUGUCAGGCUCAUAGACUCAGUCACCAAGCAGCCCAUAGCUUAUGAGGGGCAGAAUAAGAAUCCGGAGAUGUGCCGAGUUCUGCUGACCCACGAGGUGAUGUGCAGUCGGUGCUGUGAGAAGAAGAGCUGUGGGAACAGAAAUGAGACUCCUUCAGAUCCCGUCAUCAUUGACAGAUUCUUUUUAAAAUUUUUCCUCAAGUGCAAUCAGAACUGUUUGAAAACAGCAGGCAACCCCAGGGAUAUGAGACGGUUUCAGGUUGUGUUGUCAACAACAGUCAAUGUGGAUGGGCAUGUGCUGGCCGUUUCUGACAACAUGUUUGUUCAUAAUAACUCCAAGCAUGGACGGAGAGCAAGAAGACUCGAUCCAUCUGAAGCUACACCUUGCAUCAAAGCCAUCAGUCCAAGCGAAGGGUGGACCACGGGAGGAGCCAUGGUCAUCAUCAUUGGCGACAACUUCUUCGAUGGUCUGCAGGUGGUGUUUGGCACCAUGCUUGUGUGGAGCGAGCUAAUCACCCCACAUGCCAUCAGGGUGCAGACCCCUCCCCGGCACAUCCCUGGAGUAGUGGAAGUGACAUUAUCUUACAAAUCCAAACAGUUCUGCAAGGGAGCCCCGGGAAGGUUCAUCUACACAGCAUUAAACGAGCCCACCAUAGACUAUGGCUUCCAGAGACUGCAGAAAGUGAUCCCAAGACACCCAGGAGAUCCUGAGAGAUUAGCUAAGGAAAUGCUUUUGAAAAGAGCUGCAGACUUAGUGGAAGCACUUUAUGGCACACCACACAAUAACCAGGACAUCAUUUUGAAGCGUGCUGCAGACAUUGCCGAAGCCCUGUACAGUGUCCCCAGGAACCCCAGCCAGAUUCCAGCUCUCUCCAGCUCCCCAGCCCACAGUGGCAUGAUGGGCAUCAACUCUUAUGGCAGCCAGCUCGGGGUCAGCAUCUCAGAGUCAACACAAGGAAAUAACCAAGGGUACAUCCGAAACACAAGCAGCAUCUCCCCGCGGGGGUACUCCUCCAGCUCCACGCCCCAGCAGUCUAAUUACAGCACCUCCAGUAACAGUAUGAACGGUUACAGCAAUGUCCCCAUGGCCAACCUGGGAGUGCCAGGAUCACCAGGAUUUCUGAACGGCUCACCUACGGGCUCCCCGUAUGGAAUCAUGUCUUCGAGUCCCACAGUUGGAUCUUCCAGCACAUCCUCCAUCCUCCCAUUUUCCUCUUCCGUUUUUCCUGCUGUCAAACAGAAGAGUGCCUUUGCCCCUGUCAUCAGGCCCCAAGGCUCCCCCUCACCCGCCUGCUCCAGUGGUAAUGGAAAUGGGUUCAGAGCCAUGACGGGACUUGUGGUACCCCCGAUGUAAAGUGAAGGAAGAACUGCUUUCUUAUAGCACAGAACUACUUAUUCCAAUGGACCAAUAAUGAAGGAAGCACUCUGAACUCUCUGGGGAGAGUUGUGUCCCCCAGUGGACGCGAUGGACAGACUUGGGAAGGCAGAGAGCCGUCAUCUUGGUCUCACGUUUCUCCUGCACCUCUGACAGUAGCCACUCAAACUGACCCCCUUGGAGACAAGGACAAAAAAAAAAAAUUGCCAUUGACAUGGUCAGUGCUAAGAGCAGAAAUGCAAUUCUUUGUUAUGAACAUUAUGAAACCACCUUCCUAGGUUUGUAAAAUAUUUAAGAAAAAAAUUGGCAAACAAUUCAUGCUUUAAUAUUUUGGAUACUAUUUGUUUUUCUUUGUAGGAAAAAAAAGUUGAAAGUUUCUAUUUUCUAUGAAGCCUUUCAGAUACCAAUUUAGUUUAUGCAGAAAAAAAAAUUGAACAAAACAGGGUACCAGCAUGGAAGACUUUCUUAACGGGAAACCUGAAUUGAAUGAGGAAAUGUAUGUGUGUUUGCUUAUAGUUUAAUCUCUUUAAAAAAAAAAACAAACAAAAAGGGAAAAAGUUUUAAAAUGUUUUACAAUUAUUUAAAUAAAUAAACGUGUAACUUAUUGUAAGUAGAAGUAGAACUUAAGAUCUUUUUUUGGAAGAGAGGACCUUCUCUUCCUGAUGUAAAAUGAAAAUGACGCAAACAUGUAGUAACAAGUUUUAAAGGUGUGUGAUUAUUACUAUGGUUACUUAUUAGAGUCUUACCCCCAUCCUGCAUCCCUUUCUUUUUCCACCAUUUUAUUGACCCAUGCUCAAGAACAUAUAACUUAGGGAGAGUCCUACAAAACAUUCCAUUGCAAAAACAAAAGAUGCAAAUAAAUGCCCAUGCACAAAUACCUCCACUCAUCACUUCAUUCCCAGCUCCUUUCUGCCUCCUAAAUAGCCUGUAGAUCCCUUGCAGCGUUCACUCUUGCUAGAGUGUUUCUAAUACCUCUCCUCAGCUUUUCAGCAUUCUUCCAUGAACAACGCAGAGAGUCCCCACAUCAGUGUCUCAAGCUUUGAGCAUCCCAAGGAAAAGUGUCUUCAAGACAAGCCAAAACCUCACGUCUUAGCUGACCAAGGGCCCUUUGGGGUUCUUUGCCAGAGCCACCCUCUGCCUCUCCCGAUUGCCUGGCCCGAGACAGAGUUUGGGAAAGAUGGUUCUGUUGGCCUCUUAAAAGUCAGUCUUCGAAUGUCCAAAUCCUUCACCUUUUAUGCUAUUAAACUCUCUUGGAAAAAUAUGUAUCCUGCCUGCCACUGUUUCCAGGAAGAGUGGAACGAGAUGUGGAAGAGGAAUGAAAACAUCCCUGAACCUCCUUCCUUAUGUUCCAAGACAUGGAAAUCUGGAUCCGUGGGUGGUUCAGGGAUGAGGGGCAGGGGUGUUCUAGGUAGUGUGGUUGCCCAGUGCGCUUGCUUCCUGUAGUUAUGUACCUAGUUCUUAGGGGGGAAAUCUUGCAGUAGCUGCUAAUAGUGGUUGACUCUUUAGUGCCUGUGUGAUCCCAGAGAUACAUCCAGGUUUCUGGUGGGAUGUCAUCUUUUCCCAGGCCAGAGUCUCCUGUUAACACAUGGACACCACAGACUUAGCUUGGGUUUCUUGGUUAGGGAUCUGAAAUGAGAAAUUGAUGCAGCUCUCACAGACAGAUAUCUUCAGCGCUUCCGAGCCCAUUUACAUGACCUCCUUGCCCCACUGCUAUAUAUGCCCACACCCAUCCAGCCUUCAGCUCUCUUACCUGACUUUAGCUUAAUUUGGAAGUACCCAAUACAAUCCCUAUUUUUUUCUAUGCACAAGAGAAUCCAUGAUUUUGGGAACUUGGCACGCUUAUAAUCACUGCUGAUAGUCCUUCAUGGUCAGGGCUCAAUGCGCCAAAAUAUAUGGAAACACACGUGGAAACAGUUCCCCAGCGAACAAUCUGGUACAAGGAAGGAACACAUAGAAUCUAAAUGUUACCAUCCAAAAGUGGAAGCAGAACCAAAUUAAGCAUGUUUAUACCUGGAUUUGAGCCAAUCCAACAUAAGGAUUUUUUUUUUAAAGUAGCGUUGCUUUUAGAACCUGUGAAUUUUGCUCCUGCAUGAAAACAAGCGCCAUACUGUCUCCAGAAAGACUGUAGAGUUUGUCGAUAGCUUCACACCGAAAAGUGUGUGUAACUAAAUCCCAGACAUCCUUGACCACUCAGCUAGAACCUCGGCAGCAGCAGACCUAUUUAAUUGUACAAAUGUGUGUAAGGAUUAUUUUUAGUGUACUAAUAAAUUAAAAACAAAGUUACUCUGUCUUGUUUAGCUAUUGCUAUUGGGUCAUUCCGGUCCCAGGUUAUUCCUGUGCCACUUGGAAUACAAGUAUCUCUAUAGGUGAUAACAAAAUUCUGUCCUAUCUUUGUAAGAGGAGCUGUGUAAGAUUUUUUUUUUCCAGUUAAAGGAACAAUUUACUACAUUAUUUAUCUCAUCUUUUGUUAUAGCAUUGAAAUUCUUCCCAGUUUUUCUUUGCACAUUUCAAUAUGCAUGGUUUAAAAACCAUUUUCUUCUCUACCUUUUGUACAGCAAGGUCUCAUUUUCAAACUGUAUAGUUUCAUUUUAUUGUUUGCUUUGUCGGUUAUAUACAGUAUAAAGUUGCUAUGCACAGAGCUUUUUGUAAAGACAGCUUUUUUGUUUACUGUUUUUAA